UACGACCAUGUCUGCCAAGUCGGUAUUUCAAGAGGAGAAAAAUCCACGGGGUAUUCCAAAAGCUCCAUUCAUCGCAAAUGUCGAAGAAUAUCUGGGAGGCCCAGAUGGUGCGGUCGAGACUCCCCUAAAGAAUUUCCAGGAUGCUAUCGCGAAGUACCGAUAUAUGGAUGCCAACCUGACACAACGACGAAAAGGUCUGGAGGACAAGAUCCCUGACAUCAGAAAGACGUUGCAUAUGGUGGAGUUCCUGCAAGAAAAAAGAGAAGGCAAGGACAAGAACAACGAUCUGGAGGAUGAUCUCAGUGAUGAGGAAAACUCUGACAAUCCCGAAAAGCCGCUUACUACAACGUUCGAAUUAAAUGACACGCUCUUUGCGGAAGCAGAACUUGAGGACAUCGACACCGUCUAUCUAUGGCUAGGGGCGAAUGUAAUGCUAUCGUACAAAUUGUCAGAGGCUGUGUCGCUCCUGCGAUCCAAAUUGGAUCUUGCAGAGGCAAGCUUGAAGGCUACGAUCGAAGACUUGGAGUUUCUGCGAGAGCAACUGACGGUGAUGGAAGUCAACACUGCUAGAGUUUAUAAUUGGGAUGUUAAGCGGAGAAGAGAACGUCGACUAGCCGGAGAAGCUAAUGAAAAGUAGGGCGGCUAGCACUUGCAUAAAGUCGGGCAGAAUCUUCAAGCUUCA